UCAUGACCUCCAACAAGAGGCACUAAAAGAAAAGAAAAGGAUGAAUUUGUAUUGUCAUGAUGUUCUAAGUUGGAUAGAACACUUCCUUUAGCCAAUCAGAUUGCAGUAUUUAUGGCAAACAUGAUCUAAAAUUAAUUAUGCACUUCCGCUUAUUGAGGAAGUUGGGUGUUGUGUUUUCAUUAUAUGUCUAUCGUUAAGCUAUUUUAGGAAUAAUAGCUUGAGAAACUAAAAAUUGACUUUGUGUGGCCUAACAAGCACUAGCUAUGGCCGAAAGACAAGACCGCGAACUAGAAUACAUAUUCAGAAAUGUUCAACUCUUCAAGAAUGAUACCCUUGGUACUGGCUCCUACGGGGCAGUGUGUAAAGCAAAGUGUGACCAGCUACUCUGUGCUGCCAAGCUACUCUAUCCAGUGCUUUUCCAAAUAGCUGUUCCAGAUCCUGGUAAAGAACAUAGACACCCGUUUAGAAGAUUCGAAACAGAGUGUGCAUUUCUGAGUCGUAUCAACCACCCCAACAUCGUACAGUACUUGGGGACCUAUCGCGAUCCCGACACAAAUGCACCAGUUCUUCUCAUGGAGCUCAUGGACGAGAGUCUGACACACUUCUUAGAGUCAUCACCUGGAAACAUUCCCUACCACAUCCAGGUCAACCUCUCCCAUGACAUAGCUCAAGCACUUGCCUUUCUCCACUCCAAUGGGAUCAUCCAUCGCGACCUCUCCAGCAACAAUGUCCUACUCAUUGCAGGCAGUCGAGCUAAAGUCACCGAUUUCGGAAUGUCUAAAUUCAGGGACAUAAAUGUCACCCGACUAGCCACAAUGACCACAUGCCCGGGAACACCAGCCUUCAUGUCUCCCGAGGCACUAAACCAACCACCAGUGUACACAGAGAAACUAGACAACUUCUCAUUUGGUGUGCUUCUAGUUCAGACUACAACUCGACAGUUUCCAAAGCCAACAGAUCCAUUCGAGAAUAUUCAAGUUCCCAAUCCACGAAAUCCAGGUGGCAUAGUUGAAGCUAAAUUGCCGAUUCCAGAACUAGAAAGACGCCAAGCUCACAUGAGCCUGAUUGAGCCCACCCACCCUCUACUGCCGAUUGCUCGUCACUGCCUCAAAGACAGAGAUGUUGAACGACCAUCUUCCCAACAGCUUUGUCAAACACUGGAUGCUCUCAAGAGGACACCACGGUACCAGGAAAGCUCCCAACAAGACCUGCACCAGAUGCUCAGAGAGAAAGAUGAACAACUACAAAACACUAUCACAGAAAAAGAUGAGCAAAUUGCGGAAAAAGUCACACAGCUACAAACAAAUGAACAGAUUAUAGCCGAAAAUCAAGAGACGAUUACACAAAACAAUGAACAGUUAAACACAAAGGACACUGAAAUCCAAACUCUUCAACAUGAGGUUGAAGCCAGGAAGAGACAGCUGAGGAGACUCAACCAAGAGUUGCAAUCAAGUGAGGAGAACACUGCUGCCCUCCAACAAGUCAUCGAUCAACGAGACAGAGAAGUCACUCAACUGAGACAAACGUUGGCAAGUAAGAAUGAGGAAUCUCACGAUCUAUCGACUCGAAUGCACCGAGUCGCACUGCAAGAUGAGCAAACUACACUAAUGCCACCUAUUACAAUAGAGUCACUACCUGAUGCACCUGUUGGUAUGUGGUAUGGAUCAUCAGCCGUGAUUGGAGACAAGGCAUACUUUAGUCCAUAUGGAAGUAAAACUGUUUAUAUGUUUAGCAACAAUCAGUGGCACAAGUUACCACAACGCCCUAACAAGUGCUUCACUAUCGUCAGUGUCGAUGAGAUACUCACAACUGUGGGGGGGGGGCACACGUCUCUAUAGUAACAAACUCUACAGCUACAUGAACAACAAAUGGGUCGAAUGUUUCCCUCCCAUGCCAACCAAACGGUCGACACCUGGAGCUGUGUACGCUAACAACACACUUGUAGUGGCUG